AACCAGCUACUAGUCUAAUUGUCACUGUUAGCACAGCAGUUGCUAUUGAUGGUCCAAUUAUUACUACAGUUGCUACUGAUAGUUCAGUUGUUACUAGCUCAACUGGGAUUAAUGUUGGUCCUAGUUCUAGUUCUAGCUCUAGUGUUUCUAAUACAUCAACGACAUCAGUUUCUACUAUCAUGUCAUUUGCACCACCAUUUUCAUCUGGACAUCUUGAUCUGGAAUUCACAAUUUAUAAUUUAUACAGUGUUGCUACAUCAUUAUUUGUUAUUACUGUAACAAUGCUUUAUUUAAUUGUUGCUUAA